AUGAGUAAAAUUUUAUCUGCUGAGUAUUUGAAUGAUUUUAUAUCACCAAGUCAAACAUGUAUUAAACCCAUAGAUAUUAUAGGAAACACUUCUAAAAACAAUCAUAUAAAAAUAGAUAAAGAAGGAUAUUAUGAACUUGAUAAUGAUGGUAUAAAAAAAAAACUAGAACCAGUAUCUAUUACAUUAAGUGAUUGUUUAUCAUGCAGUGGAUGUAUUACAUCAGCUGAAAGUGUUUUUAUUAAAACACAAUCAUCUCAAAAAAUUAAUGAAGUCAUUAAAGAAAACAUUGGUCUUGUUGAAAAUGAACAAAAAAUUCUAAUAGCAUCUAUUUCAUCGCAAUCACGAGCAUCAAUUGCAGCAGCAUUUAACCUUUCUAUAAAAUCAACUCAUGCUCGUUUAACAUAUUUUUUUACGAAGAUAUUACCAUUUUCUCACUUUAUAGAUACAAACUUUGGAAGAGAAUUAGCAUUAAAUGAACUAUCCAAUGAAUUUAUUCGCCGAUAUAAAGCAAGAGAAAAAGGAUGUAAAAAUCAACUACCUUUAUUGACAUCAGCAUGUCCAGGAUGGAUAUGUUAUGCAGAAAAAACACAUAGAGAAAUUUUACCUUAUAUAUCACAUGUAAAAUCACCACAACAAAUUAUGGGCUCCAUCGUUAAGUCGAAAGUAGAAAAAAGUUCAGGAAAACAUCGUCAAUAUAUUUAUUAUGUCUCAAUAAUGCCAUGUUUUGACAAAAAAUUAGAAGCAAGUAGGGACGAAUUUUCAGAAAAUGGUAUUAGAGAUGUAGAUUGUGUUAUUACAACUACAGAAGUAAUAGAAAUGCUGAAAGAACGUUCGCUAGAUUUAAGACAAAUACCAGAAGCAUCACAUGACUUGUUGUUCUCAGAUUAUAUAAAUUCAGAUAUAAUAGAACACCCAGGUUCUUCAUCAGGGGGUUAUUUAGCUCAUAUUCUUUCAUUUUCAUCACAAGAACUAUUUAAUACUGAUAAUACGAAUACUAAUAUUGAACAUAAUAUAACAAUGAAUAUAAUACGCAAUAACGAUAUGAAAGAAUAUAUUAUUAAAGGACCAAAUGGCAUAGUUCUUCGAAUGGCAACAUGUUAUGGUUUUAGAAAUAUACAAAAUCUUAUCCGAAAAUUAAAAACUAAAAAUAGAAUAUCACAAGAAGCAGGAUACGAUUUUGUAGAAAUUAUGGCAUGUCCAUCUGGUUGCAUCAAUGGAGGAGGUCAACUGAAACCAGAAAUAAUAGGAUUAUCUAAAACCUUUACACACAAAGAAUGGGUUGACUAUGUUAACGAAUUAUAUGAUUCUAGCAUCAAAAAACCCGUUAACUCGUUUCAUAUAUCACAGUAUAUAAAAAAUUGGGGUUCAGAAUUUACAUCUAAAUCUCUAUAUACAACUUAUCGUUCUAUACAACAAAAUUUCACCAAAAAAAUUAAUCAGGAAUGGUAA